AUGACGAAAAAAAGGAGGCAAACGUUGUCAAUUCGAGCAUCACCUGACGGGAGCAAUAAAAAUGUGGAAAGCGAUGAAAUGAAUGAGGAUGAGGUUUUCGAAUGAUUUUUUUGUAAGAAAGAGUAUUAAUUUAAAAAAAAAGUGCUGAAGUUGAAAUCCGUUUUUGACAACUUUAAUAGCUUUUCUAUACUAAAUUUCGAAAAAGGAUAGAAUAUUGUCUUCAGAGUCUUAUUGACGUCCGAGAGGUGGAUACGUUCAGUGAGGGUAGCGAAUUUGGUACGAGCAUGAGCAGACAUAGUGAAAGUCUUGAACAAGAAGAGUUUGGACCUGAAGCGCAAUAUUUCGAAAACGACGAAAACCAGCCCAAUGCUCCUAAUCUUGGCCAAAUAGUCAAUGAGCUUGACUAUUUACACGAAGUAAGUUAUUUUAAAAAUAGCUAAUUAAAAAAAAACUUUUUUUUCUUAUUUUUUUCAAGAAAAAAAAUGUGGUAUGAAAAAAGACCAGCGAAAAUUCAUACGGCGACUUUUUCGAUAUCGCUAGGGAACUUUCCGACGGUUUUUUUUCCGCCGAAUCUUUUUCCGACUUUUUUUCUCGAUGAAUUUUUUGUUCUGAAUCUUACCAUGUAAAGUAGGCAAGUUAAUCAUGAAUAAAAUACAAAAGAAAUAUGAAAAAAAUGUUGAUAGAUCUUUUAUAAACUAAAAAAAUAUAAGCGAAAAAGGUCUGAAAAAAAGAUUUGGCGUAAAGGUGGCUGUCGGAAAGUUUCCUAGCGAUACGAAAAAAAUUGGAAAAGUCGCCGUUCAAAUUUUUCGCUGGUCUUUUUUUCCAUGCCACCGAAAAAUGGUUUUUUUCAUAAAAUUCUGAGCGCCAAAAUUUAUUUAUUUUUUUAAUUUGAAAAUUCUUUGACUUGAAUAUUCAGCCGCUUUUUAGUCUUGAGAUAUUCGCAUUUCGUUCAACUGAUUAGGUGCGUCACGUCGUCUAUACGGCAUCGUAUAGUUUUUUUGAAUUUUUCGACUCAGCUGUUCGCGAAAAAAAAUAAUUCGUUUCAGCGUAUCAGCACUCUUACCGAAAUUGUGGAGGCAAACAAUUCAAAGAAAAUGAAUAAGGUAAUCGAUCGGAAUUAUUUUUUUGUACAUCGAAACAUUUUUCCAGAGAAAUUUCUACAAAACGAAGCAUGAUCUCAAGUUUUUUUGAAGAAUAUUGCCGUCAAAACGGUUACAAAAACAUUUGAAGUGGAAGUCGUAGGUUCAUCAAGGAAAGUGUCUCUAGCUGAGUAUCUUAUUCACCGCUCGCGUACGGGCACCGGUAUCGGCCAGGCGAGAUGGUAUUAUCAUGCCAUGAAAAUUAUUCUUUCAGCGGUAGUAACACUUUCAUGCUAAAAAAUUUUCAUAAUCAUGUUUAGGUAAUUACUCAGGAUAAUUGGAAAAUUGCUUUUGUGAGCAGUUCCUCGAGUGCUUUCAAACUGGCUCAAAAGAGCGGAGGUGCCAUCGUCAUUCCUAAAAAAACUAUAGACACGAUAAUUGGUUAGUAGUUUUUGAAAAAUUCUUUAAAGCUUUAUAGAGAUGCUGUUGAUCACUUCUGACGUAUCAAAAAAAACUGAAGAUCAACGAAGCUAUUUUUGCAAGAACUUAUAUGAGUGCAUGAAAGAAGUCCUGUAAGUUUUUUUCUUAUAUGUAUCUCUCAUUCUUUAAUUUUUUUUUUUUGAAGGGCAAACUUUCGACGCGGCAGAAUAGCGAAUCUCGUGACAACUGUUGAAGAAGAACUUCUGGCGCCAAUAGAGGGGCAUUAA